AUGCUCCCCAGUGAGGCCAGGAGCAGCCAGGAGCAGCUGCCGGCUCUGGAGCAGCCAGGAACAAUUUGUGGCGUGGGCUCCGUGCUGCUCUUCCCCAACAGCUCCGUGCAGAACGUGGCCGUCAUCGGCGCGGGGCUGCGCGUGGGGCUGCGGGCGCUGUCGCUGUGCACCUGGGUGAGCACCCCAGCCCCCUACCUUGGCACCCUGCUCUCCUAUGCCACCGAGGACAACGACAACAAGCUGGUGGUGCACGGCUGGGACAGGGGCCUGCCCGGCUCCAUGCACUUCGUCAUUGGUGACCCGGAGUUUCGGGAGCUGCCGGUGACACAGCUGCUGGACGGCAAGUGGCACCACCUCUGCCUCACCUGGUCGUCCGAGCAGGGCAAGUUCCGCUUCUACGUGGACAGGAGGCUGCUGGCUGGCGGCCCCCGCCCGGGGGGGGUUGCAAUUUUAGCCACUGGCCAGGGGCUGCCGCCUGGCGCUCUGCUCACACUGGCCAAUGCCUCCCUGCAGGGCUGGGUGCGCAGGGUGGAGUGCGCCUGUCUCGAGCGCUGCUUGUGA